AUGAAUAUUUUAAUUUCAAAAUUGAUGUGGAAAAAUGGAAGUCGGAUUAAUCAGUAUCUCUUAGCUGUUAUAAUAACAAUACCACUACUAAGUUUCGGCAUGGUACAAGGAUGGCUAUCACCAAUGAUAUCAGUGCUCCAGUCAUCCAAUGGCCCUGCCCCAGAGCCAUUCACACCAUCAGACAUAUCCUGGAUGACAUCCGUAACUUACAUCACAGCCAUCAUUAUUGGGGCGCCAAUGGGAUACCUCACAGAUAGAUACGGAAGGCGAGCAAUGACUUUAAUCACUACUCUGUCUUUAAUUAUAUAUUGGCAAAUAAAGCUGAUCUGCCUGGAACCAUGGGCGUUGAUUCUCGCCCGGGCAGUAGCUGGUAUACCCUGCUCGGCCUGCUAUAUCGUCCUGCCCAUUUAUUUGAAGGAGAUCAGUGAUAUUGAUUUGAGAGGCGCCUUGGGUUCAUUGCUUAUUUUAAACAGAAACAUUGGAUAUUUAAUGAGCUACGUACUCGCUGAUCUUCUAGACGUUACUACAAUGCUAUGGAUAGGUUUCUUGGUACCUACAGUCGUGUUCUUCAUAUUUUUCGUUAUGCCUGAGACUCCCGAGUUCCUUGUGAAGCAAGGAAAAGUUGACGAAGCGAAGUCAGUAUUCGCAUGGCUUCGUGGUGUUUCUGUUACUGACCGUUCCGUUGAGCAAGACAUUGACACUAUUGUUAAAGUUGAGAAACAAACUAAAGCCGAGCAAAAAUCUGUUUGGAAAAUUAUAUGGAAAGACAGGCCCACGUUCAAAGCCUUCAUCAUCACGCUGGUUAUCAAAAUCACCCAACAGUUCGACGGCUACCUCAUCGUUCUCAUAUACGCUGGUUUCGUUACUGAAAAAGCAGCUGAAUCCAUCACCUUCAAGUUGACUCCUAACAAACAAGUUAUGAUGAUUGGUCUGGUGCAAUUGUUUGGAUCUAUAGUUGCUACUUGCAUUGUUGAACGGACAGGAAGGAAGCUACUAUUGGUCUCCACAUCAUUUACGGUUGGUGUUGGUAUGCUGAUUCUCUCAGCGUGGUUCUAUUUCACUGGUUUGGGGAGCUGGUUGCCGGGCUGGGUUCCCGUGGUGGCUAUGUGUGUGUGUAUCUUCGCUGAUGCGGCUGGAUUUCAACCUAUAUCGUACAUUAUUAUCACCGAUUUGUUCACAUUUCAACUUCGCGGGACUGUGUCUUCGUUCGCAAACAUCUGCGCAAAACUCAGCAAUUUUGUUCAAACGAAGUGGUUCACGAAGGUCUGCGAACUAAUCAGCAUACAUUGGACUUUUCUCUUCUUUGCUAUUGUAUCAUUUUCCGCCUGUAUUUAUACUGUAAUAGCUUUUCCAGAAACGAGGCAUAAAUCUGUUGAAGAAAUAUAUUCGAAGUUGGAAAAGAAGAAAGAGCGCGCUGAGGUCGCAUAG